AUGAUAUGCUUGUCACUUAUAAUUAUCGUCUCAAAUUUGGGACUGGUUUCUAUGGAUGAUCACACCUUGCCACAAGGAUGCGUGAUUUCUGACCCACCAGACGACACAGCAGCUUCACAGUUACACAUCGUUUGUCACAUCGGAAUUGCUGACCGUUACCAGGGCAACACUGUGAUACCACAGGGACUACCGCCCAACACAACCACUCUGGACUUCUCCUUAAACCACGUCAAGAACCUUCGAGAAUUUCCCGUGCUGAAAAACCUUAUUGUACUGAACUUGGGGUGGAAUCGUAUGGAAACGUUGGAUUGGCUUGUACUUCGCAACUUGCCGGCUUUGCAAGACCUCUUACUAAAUCGCAACUGGCUCGUGGAGGUAAACUUGGGUGCGGUCAUCAAGGAUCUCCCGAAUCUGAAGUAUGUGAACUUGGCAAACAACAUGCUGGCUUCAUUCUCCUCACAUCAGAUAGGCUUACCCAUGUUGAGUUUGGUCAAGCUUCAGUACAACCCACUUCGCUGUGACUGUAUAAUGCAGUGGUUAGUCAACAGACUUAGAUGCCAGCAAGAAACAGUUCAAACAGAGAAGCACUCACGGGUGCUAGCCACCUGUGUGCAGUGUGACACCUGCGUGUUCGGUGCCAUUCAAGCUGACGACAUGGUGUGCGCCUCCCCGAGUCACCUGGAAGGCCUGCCACUGUCAAACGCCUCACACUAUCUAACGGAAUGCAGAGUGGUGUCAACAACUGCCAAGACGACCGAACUUCAACCAAGACUGACUCAAGGAGUUACAUACGAUACAGCAGCUUCACAGUUACAUAUCAUCUGUCACAUCGGAAUUGCUGACCGUUACCAGGGCAACACUGUGAUACCACAGGGACUACCGCCCAACACAACCACUCUGGACUUCGCCUUAAACCACAUCAAGAACCUUCGAGAAUUUCCCGUGCUGAAAAACCUUAUUGUACUGAACCUGGCAUGGAAUCGUAUGGAAACGUUGGACUGGCUUGUACUUCGCAACGUACCGGCUUUGCAAGACCUCUACCUGAAUCGCAACAGGCUCGUGGAGGUGAACUUGGGCGCGGUCAUCAAGGAUCUCCCGAAUCUGAAGUAUGUGAACUUGGCAAACAACAUGUUGGCUUCGUUUUCCUCACACCAGAUAGGCUUACCCAUGUUGCGUUUGGUCAAGCUUCAGUACAACCCACUUCGCUGUGACUGUACAAUGCAGUGGUUAGUCAACAGACUGAGAUGCCAGCAAGAAACAGUGACCUCGCGGGUGCUAGCCACCUGUGUGCAGUGUGACACCUGCGUGUUCGGUGCCAUGCAAGCUGACGACAUGGUGUGCGCCUCUCCGAGUCACCUGGAAGGCCUGCCACUGUCAAACGCCUCACACUAUCUAACGGAAUGCAGAGUGGUGCCGACAACUGCCAAGACGACCGAACUUCAACCAAGACUGACUCAAGGAGUUACAUGUACUGUCAAACUUCCUGGGGAUCGUCCAGAAAGUACAACUUCACCUGGAAACGAUCUCCAGUCAUCCCCUUUGAAUUUCGCUCCUGCAGGCAAGCCUGUAACAUUUUCUUAUAAUGCCACAAGAUCUGCGACAACUGAACGAAUAGACGCUAAAGAACCGCAUCUCGGAGUCCGCCAUAUCGCAGUGAUGUUAUUAACUCUGAUUGUCUUGAUAUCACUGAUAAUCAGGAGGUUCAGAUCUGGCGGUCCCGUUAGGGUGGAAGAAAGAGCUGGUGCUGAUAAUAUCAGUCUUCAGCAGAUGUAA